AAUCGGAUAGGUUUCGCGAAAAAUGGCAGAGAAAAUUGGUAGUUUGCCACCGGAGUACGAUGUGAAUGCUAAGUGGGACGCAUGUCUCGAUCUCACUGUCCGCCGCUUCGUUUACUCUUCCCUCGGCGGCGCAUUCGCUGGUCUUCUGUUCUUCAGGAGUCCUGUUACAAGAUGGGCAUCGAUUGCUUUAGGUGCUGGAAUUGGUAUUGGCUCUGCAUACACAGAUUGUUCUCGUGCUUUUGAUUCACCUUCUUCAUCUUCAGCCAAUUUAGCAGCUCCCAAGAAUACUACAGAGACUUCUCCCGUGUCUCAGCCAAUUGUUCUCAUUGGUUCUGCGGAAAUUGCAUUAUGCAGGUUUGGAGGCAUACAGCCAUGUAAAUGCCCUUUGUGUCGUCGUCCUAUUAGUUUGUUGGUUCCUUCAGAGGACACAAUCAGAGACCGUAAUGACAGUACAGUUGCGGAUGUUCUUGGUAAUCUUGAAACGUAUAACCGACUCUUUGGCGGGCGUUCAACUAGUUUAGUUCAGAGGAUGCAAGACCUUCCCUUCUUACUACGGAGGUUGUUGCGGGAAAUGAUGGAUCCACAAAGAACGCUUCCACUUGUCAUUAGGGCUCGGGUUUAUAUCGCAAUGAUUCUGAGUGCUAUUUACAUAAUCAGUCCAAUAGAUAUCAUUCCAGAAGGAGUUCUGGGGAUAGUCGGUUUGCUUGAUGAUCUACUCAUAGCACUGAUUGCUUUCCUCCAUGUUGCUGCUUUGUACCGCUCGGUUCUCUAUUUCCGUCAUGCCGGUUCGUGAAUCAGUGAAUGUCUUUGACAUUAUACGUCGCAGUGCAAGGACUACGAGAUGUGUGCUUACCUUUUCUUCUGUCUUUGAUGCUUUCCCUUUAGAAAUACAUAAUUGUUCUGUUU